GAUAAGUUUAUGAACUGGAUGGACCUAUCUAUUUUUUGGAAAAGAUGAUUGAUGAUACAGAUUCCUUUUGUGAUCUACUUGAAUCUACAGUUCUACAAUUAUUGUACCGAAUAGGGAUCGUGCUGUCUAAUCCUCGUGCCCCAAAACGACGCUCGUGCGCUGCCGAGGUACAAAGUGGGGGACUCAGUGCGUGUGGAUUAUCAUACUUCUUUGGUCUCAGGCACUUUCACCAAAUUAUGGCUACAAGAAAUCCAUCUGCACAGUCAUCUUGAUCUCGUUUUUAAAGUUUUAAAGGGAAUAAAAGGAGGGCCAACGCCAAGAGGACUCUACUGAAGAAGAUGGGUUUCCCAUAGUUCUAACCAAAGGCGUUGGGCCCAGCAAGGGGAGCGUGACGGGUACCAUCUCGGCAGUGCGACCAGAUGCUUAAGGAAGUAGCCAAUAGAGUAGUAUAAUCUUUUACAACUACCUGUGGAAAUCAACACUACAGUGUGGUGGAAUAUCAAUCUGCUACACGACUGUAGUUAAUAUAUGUGCUAACGCAUGAUCAUUCUGAAUCAAAACUAAAGUGCUGUAGUACAGGAGAGAAUGGCACAAGAAGGUGAGUGUGUAAGCUGGCACAAGAAGGUGACGCAUCGUUCUACGCGUCUUUUAGUUUUUAUUGAUUCAUUCGUGAGUUUUUACAUUGGUAAGUAUGGAGAUGGACCUUAACUACACUUUUGAGGCAUUCUUGCUUCAACAUCAUCAUUAAGUAACAGUACAAGUAAUAUCUCUAAUGGAGAGAAACGUGGUAUGUAAUCGACCAGGAUUGUGUGGAGCCAGAUGGCGAGCAACCAAGGGUUACGACACAUGUGGGCGAUUGCGCUGUAGUCUCAUAUGUACUGCCGCAGUUAAAAUUCAGCCUUGGUUCGGCUGUGCAGUUAUGGCGUGACUUCUUUUUGCUGUAACGUAAUCCGAUUAAAAUGUUGCUACGUAGACGCACUUAUCGUUGACAUUGAUGUUGGGCCGAGAAUUAAUCUUCAAGGCCACAAUCUAAAUCAAUUUGAUUAGGUACUCUAAAUCUUAUCUACUAGAUUUUAGCUAGUAUCAUCAUCUUCUCGUCUCAUUGACUACACUGUGGCUGUCGGGGUAAUCUAUUUCGAAGUUUCGCGUAGAGUCUCUUUUCAGUUCCUCUAAUGCAAGUACUGGAAAACGUGCUUCCGGACCCGACGAGGAGUCGACGUGUAGUACCUGGCGUUUGGCUCGAUGGGCAUGUGGUUAUUAAGGAUCAAUCACAGUCGUCAUUGACUCGCAUGUGGUUGUAGUUAAUACAGCCUCCUGUUCUUGUCUCGGUUUCUUGACCACUAUUUUACCUCUAAACUCGACACUUGGGUAAUGCCUGGAAGAUUUCCCUACGAGGUUCAGCUCACAGGCGGAAGGAGAAUAAAAGUCAAGUUACGAGGACUCCUUCUCAUUUUGCUUCUUUACACCAUAUCCUACAACAUGAAGAAUCUAGGUCUUCUACGUUACUUAAGUCUAACUUCAUUAAUAUUUGAAAAAAUCGAGCAACUAUGCAGCUUUUGCUAAGCUUAUAGUAGAUUUGCUGGAGAAAAGUAGUACGAAGAUCAGAAGUUUUUGGGAGUUUCUUUAACGAGAUCUAACUUCUGGGCUCGACUCUGAAAACUUUAUUCGGAAAAAGCCUCAGUUUGCCUUAGGCGCACGAGUGGAGUUUAUUUCGUCUUCUUCGGCCCUGCAAAGAAUUCUUUAAGGGUUGAAACAUUUCAUAUUUGUACGCUGUAUUUGACACCUGUCAAGACUAAAUAUGUCAAAUAUGUAAGAUAAAUAUGAAUUGUUUCAACCUUUAAAUUAUGGGGUCUCCGUGGCAAGUCGGAGUUGUGCAGCAACAUUAUCCGAACGGCAGUGCCUCUAGUUCGCCCAUGUACGAAAUUCGUCCGGACACGUACAGGC